ACGCCUUCACAGUUGUCGGGCUUUGGCCGCCAGUUGCCUGCCAGCUGGCAAGCACCCAACCUUGCACCUGGUCGCCCAAAUCAAGGCGCUGGCAGGCCCCCCGUGCCGCACUUCCGCGCUCAGGAUGGCAGUGUCACUAGUACAGUGGCGCCAGUACCUUCUCUACAGCGCUUGUAGCGGGGGAGCACUGACGAUUUUCUGCCUCGUCCCUCCACCUUUGCGUCCCUCAGUGUUUCUUGUUUGGCAGGCUAAAAUAAAUAAGCCCACGUUCCCUCCAAACUAAGCACAGGGAAAAAAAUCACGCUCCCACAGAUCAUCCUUGCUUUUGCUAACAUUUGCUUCUUUUUUCACUUGGUCAGGACGGACUGUCUUCUUCCUUCUCCAAUACCCUGUCUCUGCGAUUUGCUCUCGACAGGCACUCUCAACCACCAACAACCAACCCCACGUACCAUCACCAGCUUACAUCGCCCGCCACAAUGUUUGGAGGACGCAAGUUUUCCAUGAACCGCCACACUGGCGUCCCUCGUCCCGCUAUUCGCCGCUUCAGCAACACUGAGCCCUCUUCCAAUGAAGUUCAGUCCAGCGUCCAUCGCCAAUUCCGAAAUGCCCACGAGGGUCACUUGCCCCAUGCUGGUCUCGAUGCCAGCCGUGCCUCCACUGGUGUCGUCUGGUGCACAGAGCGUGCUGCUGAGUUUGGUUUCUUCGAGGACCAAGAUGCAUGGGCCAACCUUGGUCAAGGUGCUCCCGAAGUAGAGGACGACAUUGAGGGGUGCUUCAAACGCCCGGAUACCAUUGACAUUUCCAUGGCCGACCGUGAGUACGCUCCCACCGCCGGUAUCAAGCCUCUCCGUGAGGCCGUCGCCAAGCUCUACAACGAGAUGCAUCGUCAGGGCAAGGAAAGUCAGUACACAUGGGAAAACGUUGCCAUUGUCCCUGGUGGCCGUGCUGGUCUUAUCAGAAUUGCUGCCGUUCUUGGUACUUCUUACCUCAGUUUCUUCUUGCCUGACUACACCGCAUACAACGAAAUGUUGAGUUUGUUCAAGAACUUUGCUGCCAUUCCCGUCCCUCUUAGCGAAGAGGAUGGAUACCACAUCCACCCCAACAAGAUUGCCGAGGAGAUUGCCCGUGGUACCUCUGUCAUCCUGACCUCCAACCCUCGCAACCCUACCGGCCGUGUCGUUGCCAACCCCGAACUGGCUGAGAUCCAGGAUAUCUGCCGUGGACGCGCCACCUUUAUCAGCGACGAAUUCUACUCCGGCUACAACUACACCAGCAACUGUGAUGGCUCGUCCAUCUCUGCUGCCGAGAACGUUGAGGAUGUCGACGAGGAUGACGUCCUCAUCAUUGAUGGUCUCACAAAGCGAUUCAGAUUGCCUGGCUGGAGAAUCGCUUGGAUUCUCGGUCCCAAGGGUAUGUUCAAUGUUUACAUUGGAUCUUGCGGAUCUUACCUUGACGGUGGUGCCGCCCAUCCUUUCCAGACUGCCUCCAUUCCCUUCCUUGAGCCCUCUCUUGUCAAGACCGAGAUGAUUCACUUGCAGCGUCACUUCCGUGACAAGCGUGACUUUGUCGUUAAGAGACUCCGCGAAAUUGGCUUCGUCAUCAAAUACGUUCCCGACUCCACAUUCUACUUGUGGCUCAACCUCGAAGGACUUCCCGAAUCCAUUGCUGACGGUCUCAACUUCUUCCAAGCUUGCUUGGCUGAGAAGGUCAUUGUCGUCCCUGGUAUCUUCUUCGACCUUAACCCCUCCCGUCGUCGUGAUCUUUUCGACAGCCCUUGCCACCACUUUGUGCGACUGUCUUACGGCCCUAGAAUGGACGUUUUGCGCAUGGGAUUGGAUGCCAUCGGCCGCGUCGUCGAAAAGGCGAAGAAGGAGGCUGCUGCCAAGUCCAGCGCUGUUGCUUAAACCACCUACUAACAAACAUAAACAUUGGACAAACUGUGCACUGGAGAGUGUUGAGAGCAACUUUUUAGAUAUUAACAUUGCUGGUAAUGAACAAGCUUUUAUACCUCGCUGAACUGUGUUUUAUUGAACGGAGCUGUUCCAACUAUUUGCGCAUUGUCAAUCGUACUUGUCUCGUAUACUAACCCCUUCAGCAACUGUCUCUCGGGGCAUGCCCUCCGUUGUUCAAGAGAAAGGAAAAGCCUCCGUCUAUUUUCUCCUGUCAUCUCACCAAGUGUAAUCCCAAAGACCUAUAUCCGAUAUACUCCCCAGCGUCAAAGCAACAGUCACAAUCCGAAUUGUUUUCUGUGAUAAGAGUAAUGGCGAUUCGAGGCAAGCUGUAGCUCGCCAUCACUGCAUGCAGAAUACAUCUGCCAAGGCAACCGAAUGAGCAGAAAUAUUGGUGCCCGUAUCAUUUCUGCAGGUAAUCACUGGCGUCGUCACCAACGCGAUGCGCCAGUGCUUAGCCUGGAGUUCCAUAGGAUCGCCCUCUGGCCAAAUAGGCACCAUUGACUGGGAUGAGAAGCGGCUGCCAAUUUCAGGAAAGCGAAAGUCAAAGGUAAGACGACUGGUAAGGAUGCGGGAGGACAAGUCCCAUGCAUUCUCAGCCACCUUUUCCAUAUCCUGAUAGGCAUCCUUGGGGUCAGUGUUGCGGUCAAUCAGAGGCUUGAGGUUGGUGAGAAGAGUUCGGGUAACCUCUUCAAUCUUUGUCUUGUUGAAUGCGCUUCCCAUCUCCCCUUUAAUGAUGCCGUUGACAAUAGUAGCCUGCCUGUCCAACAGGGGCUGGCGAAGGGAGGAAGUUUGGCCUUUAUUCAUCGUUAACUUCAAUCUAUCAAUCUUAAAGUAAAGUGACUUACCAUGCAUUUUCUCCAAGUCUCGCUCAAUUUCGAGCAGAGAAUACGAAAUCUCGCUGUCCUGGCCAGUCCAAGCUCCAGGCACCCAAACUCGAUUGACAAUGUAGUCAAUGAUGACUCGGGUAAUCAGGCACGACUUGGA